AUGAGUCAUUAUACUCGACGACAAGAUGAGAGCAGGGAAUCAGGAGGCAUACGAGUAAUGAGAUUGUUGAUUGUCGUCUCGGAGGGACAAGAAGAGGAGAGAGAACAUGGCAGACCGGUUGCCGAGACACCAGAAUAUAUUCGUCAGGCAAAAGCGCCAGCACACAGACAGACGGGCUUCUCAGCUCGUUACAUAAUCAUGCCAGAAUAG